UUUCAGGUUUGUCUCUUGCGGGUUUCGGGGUAGCGGUGACGCGCGUCGCCCUGAUCACCGACUCAUUUCCAUCUUUCCGUCUUCAUGCAUCUGAUUGUAUGUGUUUAGUCUUAGAUAAGUAUGACUGAGAGCGAGGGGAAUAAAAAUGAGGAUUGUCAUGCAGCGAAUGGUGUGAAACCAGGAAGAAAUGGCAUGGUGAAGAACCAUCAUCACCAUCAUCAGUAUCAAAAGCAGGAGAAGGUUUACAAUGCUGCAUGCAAUGGAGAACUUUACAGCAGGCCAUUCAUUGAGUCCUUUGAGGAAACUCCCAUGCUGGUUGCCGUGCUCACAUACAUGGGCUACGGCAUCCUCACCAUCUUUGGAUAUCUGCGGGAUUUCAUGAGAGAGUGGAAAAUAGAGAAAUGCCACAUUGCCAGAGAAAGGGAGGAGCAGAAGGACUUUGUUCCACUUUAUCAAGACUUUGAGAAUUUCUACACAAGGAAUUUAUACAUGAGGAUUCGGGACAGCUGGAACAGGCCCAUUUGCAGUGUUCCCGGGGCCACGUUUGACCUUGUUGAGCGCAGUUCCAAUGAUUACAACUGGACCUUUGAGUACACUGGGCGAGUGGUGAAGGAUGUGAUAAACCUUGGCUCGUAUAAUUAUCUGGGCUUUGCAGAGAACACAGGCGCCUGUGCCACAGCUGCGGGAGAGGUGACGGUGAAAUUUGGGGUGGGCGUGGCCAGCACUAGACAGGAAAUGGGUAACCUCGACAGGCAUGAAGAGUUGGAGAAACUGACGGCUUCGUUCCUGGGAGUAGAGUCGGCUAUGGCUUUUGGAAUGGGAUUUGCAACCAACUCCAUGAACAUUCCUGUAUUAGCUGGCAAGGGAUGUCUGAUUCUAAGUGACGAGUUGAACCAUGCCUCUCUAGUACUAGGAGCCCGGCUGUCCGGCUCCACCAUCCGGGUCUUUAAACACAAUAAUAUGCAGAGCCUGGAGAAGUUGCUGAGAGACGCUAUCAUUAAUGGCCAGCCUAGAACACAUCGGCCCUGGAAGAAAAUCCUCAUUCUUGUGGAGGGCAUCUACAGUAUGGAGGGCUCCAUUAUACGGCUGCCAGAAGUUAUAGCCCUGAAAAAGAAGUACAACGCCUAUCUUUACCUGGACGAGGCUCAUAGUAUUGGGGCAUUAGGACCCACCGGUCGAGGGGUGGUGGAGUAUUUCGGACUGGACCCUAAAGAUGUAGACGUCAUGAUGGGCACCUUCACAAAGAGCUUUGGUGCUGCUGGUGGAUACAUAGGAGGGAAGAAGGAUUUGAUAGACUACCUGCGAAGUCACUCUCACAGUGCAAUUUAUGCCACCUCUAUGUCGCUUCCUGUCGUGGAGCAAAUCAUCACUUCUAUGAAGUGCAUUAUGGGGGAGGAUGGAACGACAGUAGGCCGUUCACGUAUCCAGCGGUUGGCUGAAAACACAGUCUAUUUCCGCAGGAGACUGCGGGAGAUGGGAUUCAUCAUCUAUGGCAACAAUGACUCACCUGUGGUACCCAUGAUGCUCUACAUGCCCGCCAAAAUCGGGGCGUUUGGUCGGGAGAUGUUGAAGAGAAACAUUGGAGUAGUGGUGGUGGGCUUCCCAGCCACGCCGAUCAUAGAGUCCAGAGCCCGCUUCUGUAUCUCUGCGGCCCACACCAAGGAAAUGCUGGACAGGGCGCUGGAUGUGAUCAGUGAAGUCGGCGAUCUGCUGCAGCUGAAGUAUUCGCGCCGCAAAGUUCUUCCCUCGUUGGACCGGCCCUUUGACGAGACCACAUAUGAGGAGAACGAAGAGUGACAAACUUGCUAUCUGAACCAAAUGUGCACUGCUCAUCUUCUGCUCUCCAAAAGGAAGCAGCGAACCACUUAAUAAAUAUAACUCUUUUUUUUUAAACAUAGGUAUAUCAUCUUUAUUUUAACACAUGAAGCUCAUGAAACACUGAUGCUUUUAGAAAAAGAAAUGCCCCAAGUUUCCUCUACUACAUUUGUCACCUCAGUUUCGUUUUGACGUGAGGUUUGGGGUCUGUUUGCGGCAUUCGUUUAAGGGAGUAAAUACUUUGAUUUUUCUCUGCCAGCCGCAGGAGGCUUUGAGCUGCUUGUGUACUUGCUAAAGCCAUAUGUCACUGCAGCCUUCAAAACCGUUUUUGUGUACAAAAACCAUUGAGACUUUUUUCUUUCUCUAGUAAGUGAGAACAGACUGGCGGCGAACCCAUAAUUCCGAGGAUCCUGACCUAUGAAAGGAAUUACAGGUUCUUCUUAUUGCAUUGUCAGUACAUUCACUGUGUUACCUAAAUCAAACUCCAAAACCUCCACUACUUGGCUCUGCAGUUGUUGUUGUUUCCACAGAUUUUGACUUGCGGCCAGCUCUGGUGUCUUGCUUCAAUCUGGCUAUCGUUUUUCUUAUGUUACCAAGAUAUUUAUUUUUUCAUCGAGAUACAAAUCGCAGAGGGCGAUGUUGGUUAUGUCUGAGGGAAGCUUAGGUAGAAACAUGCGUAUUUAUCAAAUUUUCACCUCUGAAGAAACUUGGAUGCUGAUUAUAUGCAUUAUCUCCAAAGCUGCAGCGCAAGUUGUGCGGUAGGAAUCCAAAACCUUGUAGAAACUACAACUUUAAACAAAUCGUUCACCCAAAAAUGUACAUUCUCAGGAAGUUUACUCACCGUCAGGUUAUCCAAGAUGUAGAAGAGUUUGCUUUUUCAUUGAUUUGAUGAAAUGGCAAAUCUCUUGCUCGCCAGUGGAUCCUCUGUAGUCAGUGGGUGCUGUCAGAAUGAGUUCAGACGGCUGAUAAACACAUCACAAUAAUUCACAAGUAAUCCACAUGAUUACUCCUCCAGUCCAUCAGUUAAAUUCAUGGGAAGCAAAAAGCAACAUGUUUAUAAGAAAUCCAUCAAGCCUUUUUAACUUCCAGCCAAAAUGCAUGUCCUCAAUCCAUAAUAAAAGUCCAUUCCCUGUUAUCCUCGAACAUAAAAAUCCACCAGCAUAUUUGUUUAGAAAUGUUUUGGAUUGAUUUUGCUUAAAAGCUGCUUGAUCUGUGCGUAUUUCUCUCCUGAUUUAGACAACUUUAAUUGGAUAAAGCAAUAUUAUGGAUAGAAGAUAUAUUACAAACAUGCAGCUUUUCAGUCCUCAAGACUAUAAUUGAUGGACUGGAGUCGUGUGGAUUACUUGUUUUUUUUUUUUUUUUUUUUUUUAAAUGAGCUGUUUGGGCUCUCAUUUUGACGGCACCCAUUCACUACAGAGGAUCCUUUGGAGAGCAAGUGAUGCAAAAUUUCUCCAAAUCUGUUCUGAGGAAGGAACAAACUCAUCUGCAGUUGAAGUCAAAAGUUUACAUACACCUUGCAGAAUCUACAAAAUGUUAAUUAUUUUACCAAAAUAGGAGGGAUCAUACAAAAUGCAUGUUAUUUUUUUAUUUAGUACUGACCGGAAUAAGAUAUUUCACAUUCUCUAUAUUUCACAAUAUAGAGAAAAUAAUACUUGAAUUUAUAAAAAUGUACAUACACUUAAAUCUCAAUACUGUGUUUUUACCUGAAUGAUCCACAGCUGUGUUUUUUUGUUUAGUGAUAGUUGUUCAUGAGUCCCUUGUUUGUCCUGAACAGUUAAACUGCCCGCUGUUCUUCAGAAAAAAAAUUCAGGUUUUUCAGCAUUUUUGUGUAUUUGAACCUUUUCCAACAAUGACUGUAUGAUUUUGAGCUCCAUCUCUUCAUACUGAGGACAACUGAGGGUCUCAUAUGCAACUAUUACAGAAGGUUCAAACGCUCACUGAUGCUUCAGAAAGAAAAAUGAUGCAUUAAGAGCUGGGGGGUGAAAACUUUUAGAAUUUGAAGAUCAGGGUAAAUUUAGGUAAUUUUGUCUUCUGGGAAACAUGUAAGUAUCUUCUGUAGCUUCUGAAGGGCAGUACUAAAUGGAAAAAAAUAUGAUAUUUAGGCAAAAUAAAAAAAAAAAAGUACGCAUCUUCAUUCGUUUCAAAAGUUUUCACCCCCUGCAUUUUAAUGCAUUGUGUUUCCUUCUAAAGCAUUAGCGAGCGUUUGAACCUUCUGUAAUAGUUGCAUAUGAGUGAUCUCAAAAUCAUAGUCAUUGUUGGAAACCAAAGAAUUUGUGGGACCUUUUUAACAGUUUAACUGUUCAGGGCAACAGUCACUAAACAAAAAAAAAACACAGCUGUGGAUCAUUCAGUUAACAACACAAUAUUAAGAAUCAAGCGUAUGUAAACUUUUGAAUGGAGUCAUUUUUAUAAAUUCAGCUAUUAUUUUCUCUUGUGCACUAUAUGUGAAUGCCCUUAUGUGAAAUGGCUUAUUCAUGUCAGUACUAAAUAAAAAAUAACAUGCAUUUUGUAUGAUUCCUCUUAUUUUGGUAAAAUGAUUAACAUUUUGCAGAUUCUGCAAGGUGUAUGUAAACUUUUGACUUUAAUUAUGUCUUGGAUUGGCUGAUGGUGAAUACAUUUCCAGCUAAUUCUAAAUGUUUUGAUUCUUUGACAUGCAACUCUGAUAACUAUUUUAAUAGUGACUUAUUAGUGUAUGAAUGCAAUGCCAUGAAAAACUAAUAAGUUUGCUUUCUCUCAAGAGUUUUUAUUGUGUAGUUUUAUAAGCUUUCCUCAAUAUUAAUUGAAGUUCGUUGUCUUAUGAUUUCCAACGUUCAUAAUGGAGCUUUAUGUUAUGUAUAUGUUUCUUUAAUGUACAUAUUUAUUUAUUAUUCAUGUUUCAUAUCUUUUAUUUUUUGGAGAAGUGUACUUUAAUCAUCAACGGCAGCUCCAGAUAUCCUCUUAUAUGCACAUGCAUGAUGUGCAUGCUCUCAGUGCACAUACUACUGAUGAGUACUUUUCUAUCAUUUUAAUAUUCCCAGCAAAGCAUGUGGGAUGUAAUCACUGAAUCUGCUGGUUUAUGACGCUUCAAAGGUGCUGAACUGUACACUCUAUGUUCUGUUUUGUGGCUUCUGUUGCUUUGGUCCUGUGGGGUAGUAUGUUCUCCCAUGUAUUUCAUUUACCACAAGUCUUAUACAACAUCAAAAUCCAGGGAUGUUUGUUUUUAACCAUUUUUUAACCUGUGUUCAUUUAUAUGUAACCAGAUGAGAAACUACACAGAUUGAGAGAUGUUUUUUAAAAAAGCAAAGGAUGGAAACAAUCAUAUAUUUUUUUCUUAUAAAUAUAAAAACUGACAUUUAAGAAAGAUUAAUCUAACUUAAAACUUAAAACACAUGCUUUACCAGUACAUUCACUGUAUGUGUUCUAAUAUGACUUGGAUUUUGUUGCCUGUAGUGCAUACUGUUUUUAAGACCUACUUUUGAAUCAAAGUACACUGUGGGCUUCAUCAGUUCAGGGGUUGUUCCACUCCUCUAAGGAAAUUAAAUUACUAUGUCUAAAUGUA